CAACACGAGGGAAGAAUGAGGAAACACUGUGCACUCAAACAUGGAAUAUUCAAGGAAUUCCUGGCAGAAUUCCUGGGGACAUUUGUCUUGGUUCUGUUUGGCUGUGGCUCAGUCGCUCAGACCGUCCUGAGUCGAAACACCCUCGGGGAGCCUCUCACCGUCCACAUCGGCUUCUCUGUAGGACUGAUGAUGGCAGCGUAUGUGGCCGGCGGAGUGUCAGGGGGCCAUGUGAACCCUGCUGUUUCUCUGGCCAUGGUGAUUCUGGGCAAACUGAAGAUCUGGAAGUUUCCCUUCUACGUCAUUGCUCAGUUUCUUGGUGCUUUUGCUGGAGCUGCUGCAGUCUUUGGGUUAUACUACGAUGCUUUCAUGGACUUCACCAGUGGGAUUCUUUCAGUGACGGGAAUCAAUGCAACAGGUCACAUUUUUGCCUCCUACCCUGCGCGACACCUGUCAAUCCUCGGUGGCUUCAUUGAUCAGGUGGUGGGGACAGGCAUGCUGGUCUUGUGUAUCCUGGCCAUCAUUGACGGUGGAAACAUUGGAGCUCCCAAAGGUGUGGAGCCGCUGGCCAUUGGCCUGAUCAUCAUGGCCAUCGGUGUGUCCAUGGGGCUGAACUGCGGCUACCCCCUGAACCCUGCCAGAGACCUGGGACCCCGGCUGUUCACAGCUGUAGCAGGAUGGGGCAUGGAGGUCUUCAGCACCGCAGACUACUGGUGGUGGAUCCCUGUGGCGGGGCCCAUGGUGGGGGGCGUGGUCGCAGCCGUCAUCUACUACCUCCUCAUUGAGCUGCACCACCACCGCGAUGAGCCCGAGAAGCCCCACGAGGAGGAGGAAGAGGAGGAGGACGACGACGAUGACGAGGACAGCAGCCUGAAGGACAAAUAUGAGAUGAUCACCAUGAGCUAAAAAGAGAGACAUUAACCUCCAGGACCAACUGGCCCGAUUCAGCUUCAGUUUUACUGUCAGUCAGGUGACGAGCAGCCAGCACAGCCUCCAUCUGUAAGGACAGGCUUCCUCUGUCAGUGUGCUCUCUUUGGCAAACCCGUUAAUAGCAGGUUAGGCUGUAGUUACUCUUCUGAUUGACUUUAUGCUCUGCAGAGACGAGCUUUUCAGCCCAGGGAUGGCAACAUAAGAGCAUUCAAGGGUCAGAACACAAAGUAAAUCAAAUUAGGACGCGUUUUAGGUAGAAAAACUGCAGCUAAUUAAGCACUCCGGGCUGUCCGGACUGUUCUGGUCUGUAAAAUACUGGACCCGCCAUCCAAACCAAUGCUGGACUGUCUCCUCUGCAAUUUAACUUCUUCUGUUUUAUGUUUCAUAAACACAUGAAAAUCUCAGUCUGUGUGCUUCACAAUGUUAUGACUUUUCAUAUGCACGUUGUAAAUAUUCUAUUCUAGAUAUUAGAUGGAAAGCACCCUUCGUUUGGCUGUAUUCACUUGGUGCUGGACUAAAUAAUUUCAUGUCUCCUUUUAGCUUUGCUCCCUUUGUCUUCAGUGGUUGUGAUGAAAUUAUCUGUAUGUUCACAAUUUUU